AUGAUGUCUAACACGAAAAAUAUAGCUACAUUUGGCGGAGGAUGUUUUUGGUGCCUUGAAGCUGUUUUUCAACGUUUGAAAGGAGUAGAAAAAAUUGUUUCUGGUUAUGCCGGCGGCCAUAAGCAAGAGCCAUCGUAUCAAGAAGUGUGUACUGGAUCUACUAAUCACGCUGAAGUUAUUCAGAUCUCAUUUGAUCCACAAACCAUUGCUUAUAAACAAUUGUUAAAUGUGUUUUUUCAUAUUCAUGAUCCAACAACAAAAGAUAGACAAGGCACUGAUGUAGGUACUCAAUAUCGUUCUGUCAUAUUUUAUCAUGAUUCAGUACAACAAAAAGAAGCUGAAAUGUUCAAAGCACACUUAGCCGAUGAAAACGUUUAUGAAGAUCCUAUUGUAACAGAAAUUUUGCCAAUGGAAAAUCAUCCAUUUUAUUCAGCUGAAGAAUAUCAUCAAAAUUAUUUUCAAAGAAAUCCAAGUCAAGGUUACUGUUCAACUGUUGUUAAAAGUAAAGUAGAUAAAUUCAUGGUGAAAUUUUCCGAUUUACUCAAGAAUCAAAUUUGA